ACUCCUUCAUUGUUAUACUCCGUGCGUGUAAGCAAUUGAAAUUGAACCAAGUGCUUACACAGGUGUAAGAGAGAGCCCUAACAAACGUAGAGGACAAAAUUACCGGCGUUCAGCAAAGAAACGGACAAGCUGACUAAGCUUUGACACACAAAUCAGCAGUAAGACCAACUGAGUUUGUGAGCCACUGUGUGAGAGAGGAAGUGCGUCUGUGUGUGUGAGAGAGAAAUGUGGCGAAGAAACUUCAGCAGCAGCGCGACCUCCGCGCGGGCGUUGAAGGAGAAGAAAUGGGACGCGUUGGUGAUCGGCGGAGGCCAUAAUGGCCUCACCGCCGCCGCCUACCUCGCUCGCUCCGGCCUCUCCGUCGCCGUCCUCGAGCGCCGCCACCUCGUUGGUGGCGCCGCCGUCACCGAGGAACUCAUCCCCGGUUUCAAAUUCUCUCGCUGCAGCUACCUCCAAAGCCUCCUCCGCCCCUGCGUUAUCAAAGAACUAGAGUUAGCGAGACACGGAUUGAAGUUAUUGAAAAGGAGUCCUUCAUCAUUCACACCUUGUAUUGAUGGCCGGUAUCUUCUAUUGGGUCCUGAUAAAGAACUCAACCAUUCAGAGAUUUCAAAGUUCUCGAAACUGGACGCCGAUGCUUAUCCGAGAUACGAGAAUCAGCUGGAGAACUUCUGUAAAUUCAUGGAUCCGCUUUUGGAUUCGCCCCCUCCUGAAACUUUGCAAGGCGAAUUUUCUUUUAAUGUCAAGAUGAACGAAAAGAUAACGAAAUCAGUUUUUUGGACUCGUUGUAUGAGGCGGGCUCUUGCCUUGGGACAAAAAGAUAUUGUGGACUUUGUGGACCUCCUAGUGUCCCCUGCAUCGAAGGUCUUGAAUAACUGGUUUGAGGCUGAUGUUCUGAAGGCAACACUUGCAACGGAUGCCGUAAUAGGGACCACGGGGAGUGUCAAUACUCCUGGGAGUGGAUAUGUUCUGCUUCAUCACGUGAUGGGAGAAACUGAUGGUGAUCGUGGAAUUUGGUCGUAUGUUGAAGGUGGAAUGGGCUCAGUAUCUUUGGCUAUUAGUAAUGCUGCUAGGGAAGCUGGAGCUCAUAUUGUAACCAAUGCCGAGGUUUCGCAAUUGCUGAUUGUCAACUCCCGCAAAGUAAAUGGGGUUUUGUUGGCUGACGGGACACGGGUACAUUCUUCAGUUGUUCUGUCAAACGCAACGCCUGACAGAACUUUGGAAUUAGUGCCUAAAGGUGGUCUUCCUGAUUUUAUUCCCCAUACAUUUGAAAAUUUGAACUACGACUCUGGAACUACUAAAAUGAACUUAGCUGUUGAUGCAUUGCCUCAGUUCCGGUGUUGCAAGUUGAGACAUCCUGAUGUUGGUCCUCAACAUGUCGGUACAAUUCACAUUGGUUCUGAGAGUAUGGAAGAGAUUGACUCAGCAUGUCAAGAUGCUGUAAAUGGCUUACCAUCACGAAGACCUAUCAUCGAGAUGACAAUUCCUUCUGUUUUGGACAAGACUAUUUCUCCACCUGGUAAGCACGUGAUCAACUUAUUCAUUCAAUACACACCCUACAAACCCUCCGAUGGCAGCUGGGAAGAUCCUUCUUACAGAGAAUCAUUCGCCCAAAGAUGUUUUACGCUGAUUGAUGAGUAUGCCCCUGGCUUCAGCUCGUCAAUUAUUGGCUAUGACAUGUUGACUCCACCGGACCUUGAAAGGGAAUUUAGUCUGACAGGUGGGAAUAUCUUUCAUGGCGCUAUGAGAUUAGAUUCUCUGUUCCUCUUGCGACCUGUGAAAGGAUGGUCAAGUUAUAGGUGUUGGCUAACGGGAUUGUAUUUAUGCGGUAGUGGCACCCAUCCUGGAGGUGGUGUGAUGGGGGGGCCGGGGCGUAAUGCUGCAGGUAUUGUCCUGGAAGAUUUUAAGUCGCGGAAUUGACGCUUGGCUACCACACAUUAUGUUAGUGAUCGAGCACAGUUUCUCCAAUGAUCUAAACAUUUUGUCUUUUUUUUUUUCCUUCUUAUUUUGCCAUUUGAAUCUAGUUGUUUUUGUAUCUUAAUAAAGCAAGUGGUAAUUGACAUCA